AUGGAUAUUGAACUUGUGGAUCUGCGACUUUCCGGCAACUUUUACUUCUUCAUGAUUUGCGCUCUGAAUGUGGUACAGACCAUCGUCAUCAUAAUGCUGUCAACACCGCUGUUCGGUGUUGUUGUAGUUCCAAUCGCUCUCGUUUAUAUUUUCAUUCUGGUUGGUAUCUUCAACAGCAUCACUUUGCACUAA